UUUUCGUGUAUAUACGGCAGGCUUGUGUGUGUGUUUGUGUGUGUGUAGCCCUGUGUAACGGGUUGUGUUUUAUAUUUUGUUUUAAAAAGCUUGUGUUUGGUAAAAUGGACCCAGCAACUGCGACGUUUCUUGUUGGACUCGCUGUCAAAAUUAGCCGCAGUGACGGGAGAGUUCACAGUGCGACAGUCAAGUCAGUCCAUGCCACCAAGUCCACAGUACAUGUGGAGUGGACUGAGAAUGAAGUGACUAAAGGAAAAGAGAUCGACCUGAGCGAUGUGUGUCGUCUCAAUGCUGAUCUGAUUGAAUACCUGCAAACGUCCAAACAAGCAGGACCUUCCACUGCUCCAGCUCGAAGCCCUGCACGCCCACCUAAAGCCGAGAAAAAAUCGGAGCAGAUUGCAAAGUCCUCAAAGAUACCUGCCCCUUCAGAGCCGGUGCCUCCAGCUGGUCCAUCUGAAGAGCCAGUCCCUAGAAGGAUGACCACUCGUCAGACUUGUCUCUUUCGACCACCCACUACUAUUCCAUCUGUUGGCGUGACUGCUGCUGGUGAUGCUCCCAGUCAGGAGCAGCCCUCAUCUACAAUAACUAGAGCCUCAGGACUACCAAGUUAUCCGAGAAGACCAGUUGCUAAGCCUCCUUCUCCUCUGCUUCCCGCCGUUGAAGCCGUGUCAGAAAGCGAGGCCUCAAAAUGUGCUCCUGCACCCACUACAAACCAGCGGCUUUCACGAGUUCCAGAAGUAAAUAAAACAAACAAAAGGCUUUCCAUGUCGACUAAAAACACAGAAACCCAGAUCAAGAAAGGAAAGUAUGGAGAUAUGAACCGGCCCAACAAGCAGUUCUACCAGAUGAUUGAAGACUAUCGGGAGACUGUGGAGAAAGUUCCACUUUCUUUGAGCGAUCCUGUUGAGCUUCACAGAAUCUGCGUGUGUGUUCGUAAGCGGCCACUAAAUAAAAAAGAAAUGGCAAAGAAGGAGAUUGAUGUCGUGACGAUCCCCGGAAACGGAGUCCUCCUGUUCCAUGAACCCAAGCAGAAAGUCGAUCUCACCAAGUACCUCGACAACCAGCCCUUCCACUUUGAUUACUCAUUUGACGAAGAUGCCAGCAAUGAUUUGGUUUACAGGUUUACUGCCAGACCUCUGGUAAAGACUAUUUUCGAAGGUGGAAGGGCAACAUGUUUUGCAUAUGGUCAAACCGGAAGUGGAAAGACGCAUACCAUGGGUGGCGACUUUUCAGGAAAGGCUCAGAACAGCUCUAAAGGAAUCUAUGCUUUGGCAGCACAGGAUGUAUUUUCACUCCUGCAACAGAAACGAUAUGCUGACCUCUCCCCAUUUGUGACCUUUUUUGAGAUCUACAACGGCAAGGUCUUCGACUUGCUGAAUAAAAAGGCAAAACUGCGUGUGCUCGAAGAUGAAAACCAGCAGGUACAGGUUGUUGGCCUGCAGGAAAUACCCGUCUCGUCCGUUGAAGAUGUUAUAAAGAUGAUUGAGAAGGGGUCUGCGUGCAGAACAUCUGGCCAGACGUUUGCCAACGCCAACUCGUCCCGCUCCCAUGCCGUCCUGCAGGUUAUCUUGAGGCGGCAUAAGCUGCUUCAUGGGAAGUUCUCUCUAGUGGACCUUGCAGGGAAUGAGCGGGGCACAGAUGUCAGCAGCAAUGACCGGCAGACUAUGGUGGAAACAGCAGAGAUCAAUCGCAGUCUGUUGGCAUUGAAGGAAUGCAUCAGAUCGCUGGGGCAGAACAGCGAACACAUCCCCUUCCGGAUGAGUAAGCUCACCCAGGUGCUCCGAGACUCCUUUAUAGGCGAGAACUCCAGAACCUGCAUGAUUGCCAUGAUCUCACCUGGUAUGACCUCUUGUGAAUACACUCUGAAUACACUACGUUAUGCAGACAGAGUGAAGGAGUUAAAUGGAUUGUCGAGGGGAGCUGCACAGAACACUAAGUUAACAGAGGAGUCAGAGGAGGGCAACAGUUCCAUAGAGGAGGAAGGUAUUCCUGCAGAACUUGAAGUCAUGGCCCAGUUCUCUGAGGUGGAGGAAAGAUUCUAUGAAGAUCUGCAGGGUGGCAGUGAAAUUGCCCGAGCAAUGGAGCACACAUCAUAUGAUGUUAUAAGCGGGCUACCAGAAAUUGAUGCAUACAUGGAAAGACUUCAAGCGUCUUACCAUGCUCUGCGGUCAGCGGUCGAGGCACUUAAAGUCAGGUCACCCAAUCUGGCAUGACAUUCAAAUGUAGUGGAAAAACCAAAUCGACUAAUUUGGUUCUUUUGUUUCCUGACUGCUAACGUUCAUUGCUCUUUUUAAUUUUGUUUAAUUACAAUUUAUUUGAAUG